AUGGGUCGCGUUCGUACCAAGACUGUUAAGAAGUCCGCCAAGGUCAUUAUCGAGAGAUAUUACCCAAAGUUGACUCUCGAUUUCGAGACCAACAAGAGAAUCUGUGAUGAGAUCGCCAUCAUUGCUUCCAAGAGACUCCGCAACAAGAUUGCCGGUUACACCACCCAUUUGAUGAAGCGUAUUCAACGUGGACCAGUCCGUGGUAUCUCCUUCAAGCUCCAAGAAGAGGAGAGAGAACGUAAGGAUCAAUACGUUCCAGAGGUUUCUGCUCUCGAUGUUUCCAGCACUGAGAGCGGACAACUCGAGGUCGAUGUCGAGACAAAGGAUCUCCUCAAGUCCCUUGGUUUCGAUUCUAUUCCAUGCAACGUCACCCCAGUCACUCAAGCACAAACCACCGAGCGUGGACCAAGACGAUUCGGCGACAGACCUGCCCGCAGAGAAUAAAUUUAUGGAUUUACAAAGGGUAUGGGGGAUUUUAUUGGGAAGCACAUGGAUCUGAUGGCUACUGGCGUAUAAAGGACGGACAGGAAGUGUAUACAGAUCAAUGUGAGAGAAUUCCUCCCAAAACCAGGUGUCGCCCGUGAUUCUCUCUUUAUGAGAGAUGAGGCUUGAUUGC